AUGUCCUCAACAUAUUUUUCAUUCAAAUUUAUCCAAAUCCUGCUCAUUUUUCUUUACAAAAUUGAAUUUUUCCAUGGAUUUGGAAGAGCAUUCCCUGUUCAAAUUGUUCAGCUCAGUCAAACACCCCAACCUUCUAGUGGUUUUCUUAUCGCUUCACAAAAUAUAGGCAAACAAUUAAUGGCCCUGCCAAAUUGCCAAUCAACCUGUUUUCCUCCUCAACAAACUGGGAGAAGUUUAAAACUCCCCGCAGCCCUCUUGGGUAUCUUACAAGACUUUAAAAUAGCUUAAAAACAUUCCAGCCCUUUCACCAAUAAUGCCGGUCCCUCCAGAACUUGGUUGCGUCCCUACAAAUCCUUGCCCCAUUCAAGCUUCUGUAGACAAUAAUUCUGCUUUGUUUGACAUUAAAAGGGCAAGGCGUAAUUGUUGUUGUUGCUGCCAGCCGUGCUGCUGUUGCUGUAAGCUAUCCUAUUUUUAGGUGUUUAUUAAAAUUAUUAAUUAGGCCAGCCUUGUUGUUGCGGCUGUUGUGGUGGUGGAGGAGGUUGUUGUUGCUGUGGGUUUUUGCUUAAAAUUUAUUUUAAAAAAUUCUCUAUAACUCCUUUCAUUAGCUCA